AUGGGUGCCUUGCACGAGGGUCAUUGUUCAUUAGUGAAGCAAUCUAUCAUGGAGAAUGACCAUACGGUUGUUUCAAUCUUUGUUAAUCCAUCACAGUUUGCUCCCCACGAGGACUUACAAAGCUAUCCUAAAACUUUGCUGAAAGAUAUGGAGUUAUUGGCCGCUCGAUUCCCCAACAAACCUGUCGAUGCCGUGUUCGUACCCACUGUGAGCGAAAUGUAUCCUAGUGGAAUCACCUUAGAUGUUGGGAACCAAAGGGGAGCCUUUGUACUGGUGCUUGGUUGCUCAGAGCAGUUGGAAGGCGUAACCAGACCUCAAUUCUUUAGAGGUGUAGCCACCGUCGUGUCCAAAUUGUUGAAUAUAGUUACUCCCGAUAAAAUAUACUUUGGCCAGAAGGAUGCCCAACAAUGUGUCGUCAUCAAAAAUAUGGUUAAGGACCUUCUAAUUGACACAGAGGUCAGAGUUUUACCCACAACAAGAGAGGAAAGCGGGUUGGCUAUGUCUUCUCGAAAUCAAUACUUAUCACCAGAAUCAAAGCAACACAGCGCAGCCAUCUAUAGAGGCUUAAACGCUGGUGAAAUCUUUUAUUACUCCCAGAAUGGCCCCACAAAGAGCACAGAUAUACUAGACAAGGUGAGAAGCAUUUACAACCAAGAAGAAAAGUCUAGGUUUGAAUUGGAGUACCUUUCACUCAAUCAUCCAGAGACUUUGGAUAAACUAGACAUAGUCACUCCCGGUGAAGGUGCUAUCAUGUCCACAGCAGUUAAAGUUCCUAGAGCAGAUGGCAGCGGCCAGGCGAGACUUAUCGACAACGUUGUCUUGAAAUAG